AUGAAUUCUCUUUCUCUUUUACAAAUAUAUUUAGAUCAACUAGCUCCAUUAACUUAUGUUAGAUGGACAAUUACAGGAACUCUUUUAUUUGUUUUUUUUCUCAAAAUUUUUAUUUCUGAUUCUUUUUAUCUUGUAGCUUAUAUUUUAGGAAUCUAUCUAAUUCAUGGUACAAUUUUAUUUUUAACACCCAAAGGAGAUAAUAUUGCAGAUCCAUUUGAAAAUUAUGACCAAGAAGACGAAGAUAAUUUUGAGUGUGAACUUAUAGAUAAUCAGUUUAAGCCUAUUACAAGAAAUCUUCCUGAAUUUGAUUAUUGGAUGUUUUGUACAAAGGUUAUUUGUGGUGGACUCGUUGCUUCGUGCUUUAGUAUUUUCAAUAUUCCAGUUUAUACACCAGUCCUUAUUAUAUAUUUUUGCAUGAUGGUUGUUUUUACUUGUAAGUGCCUUUAUGCACAUAUUAAAAAAUAUAAAUACAAUCCUUUUAGCAUUUCUAAAGAUUAUUAUAAGGAUUAA